AGUAGAUCAAAGGGCGUGCGUGGGGCAGCGAAGGGAAAAAAAGUAUAUCCUAUUGCCUUUUACUCUCUUUCACCUUAUAUCCGGACUGUUUGGUAAGAUUUCACUUGCCCAAGAUCCAGUCCAUCAAUUCGUCUCUAGCAUUCACUCAUUCCCCUCCUCUCAUUUCCUCACCAUCCCCCCAAACACAAUGUCUCGCGCCCUCGCAGCCGUCAGGUCCGUAGACCACCUCGUCCUAACCUGCGCCUCCAUCCCCCGAACCGUCUCAUGGUACAGCAAGUACCUCGGCAUGAAGCAAGAGGUCUUCACGCCCCCCGCCACCCCGGACACGCAGCGCGUGGCCCUGAAAUUCGGCACGCAAAAGAUUAACCUGCACGAAAAGGGCAGGGAGUUUGAACCAAAGGCCUCAACGGCGCUGCCCGGCACGGCGGACCUGUGUUUCUUGGUGGAAGAUGGCGUGGACUUGGACGAGGUGAGGAAGGGCUUUGAGGAGGAUGGCGUGGAGGUUUUGGAGGGGGGGAAGGUUGUUGCGAGGACGGGGGCUGUGGGGAGGAUUAGGAGCGUUUAUGUGAGGGAUCCGGAUGGGAAUUUGAUCGAGCUUUCACAGUACGAGACGUCAUGAGAUGGCGAGACAUUCACAAUGAAUUCUACACAUAUUUUUUUGAGUGCCUUUAUUAUUGACCGUCUCAUAUAGAAUAGAGAUUUGAAGUUCUGCAUGUUGUUUCAAUUCCGGUCACGGGCUAUCCAGCAUUAGCCCUGUCAGUGAAAACUCAGUGCUUCAAAAGAAGCAAAGCGCUUCGUUAACUCAUGUAUAUCCAUUUCGAUUGAACUGAAUGAAAUAUAUCCUGGCUGUCAACGCUCAAUGUAACGACAGCAAUUCUAUCUGUUUCAAGCAGGCUCAAACAAACAUUCUAAUCGCUCCCCGGCCAUCAAAUGUAUGCCGCUGGAAGAACAAAAAAAAAAAAAAAAGAGACAACAAAACAGUGAAAUUUAU